UAUUUGUUUUGUGAUUAACGUUACCUGUGUAAUGGUAUCGGAGCAAUAUUACGUUAAGAUAAGCUCGAGUAAUUCUCACAUUGGAUGGUGAUUAUUGUAAUCAGUAACUGUUUAAGUGUCCUGUGAGCAGAACACUGGAUUGUUCGUGAUGCGGGCAUUAAUUCUUGUCGGUGGUUAUGGGACAAGGUUACGUCCUCUUACGUUAAGUCGUCCUAAACCUUUGGUCGAAUUUGCUAAUAAACCAAUGUUAAUGCAUCAAAUUCAAGCGUUGGUGCAAGUGAAUGUGAGAGAAAUCAUUUUAGCAGUGUCGUAUCGUGCAGAAGAAAUGGAAAGAGAACUUGGAGAAGAAGCCAAUAAAAUAGGAGUACGUCUGAUUUUUUCGCAUGAAACAGAACCAUUGGGAACUGCCGGUCCGCUUGCAUUAGCAAAAGACCUGCUGCAUUCCGGUGACGAUCCAUUUUUCGUUCUAAAUUCUGACAUCAUUUGUGAUUUCCCAUUUAAAGAACUUUUAAGCUUUCAUAAAAGGCAUGGUAAAGAGGGUACUAUACUUGUAACUAAAGUUGAGGAACCCUCAAAAUAUGGUGUCGUAGUGUACGGUGAUGGUGGCCAGAUCGACAGAUUCAUUGAAAAACCGCAAGAAUUUGUAUCGAAUAAAAUUAAUGCAGGUAUAUAUAUUUUAAAUUCGACCGUAUUAAACAGAAUACAGUUAAAACCUAUGAGCAUCGAGAAAGAGGUAUUUCCUAAUAUGGCUCAUGACGGGGAACUGUAUGCUAUGGAAUUAUCUGGAUUUUGGAUGGACAUUGGACAGCCUAAAGACUUCAUUACGGGCAUGUGCUUAUAUCUCACUUCACUGAGACAAAAGUCGCCAGAAAAGUUGUAUUCUGGAAAAGGUGUCGUUGGUAACGUAUUGGUAGAUCCAACGGCUACCAUUGGCGACGAUUGUCGAAUCGGUCCAAAUGUUACGAUUGGGCCUGGGGUUGUAUUAUCGGAUGGUUGUUGCAUAAAAAGAUGCACUCUUUUGAAGUCUGCUGUUAUAAAGGAACACGCUUGGCUUGAUGGGUGCAUCAUAGGCUGGAAGAGUGUCGUAGGACGUUGGGUGCGAAUGGAAGGAAUAACGGUUCUAGGAGAAAAUGUCAUCGUAAAGGAUGAACUUUACAUUAAUGGUGGACAAGUCCUACCACACAAAAGCAUUUCUGCAUCUGUUCAGGAACCUCAAAUUAUUAUGUAGAAUUAAUGAUAGAAACUAAUCAUUAACGGAACAGGAUGUGUAUUAUAGUCAAUUGCGUUAUUACAUAUAACAAGAUAAAUUGUAAUAUAAUAUCGCAUCCUGAAGUACAUACAAGUACAUACACACGCGCACAUGCUCGACUUUGUUUUUACGGUAAGAUUGUAGUAAAUACCAAGUAAUUUUAUAAUGACUGUACAUAUAGAGGUAUUUUACCGUGGUCUUAUUAUAAUUCAUACUACCUUUAUUGGAUAAAGCAAUGUCAACUUGUACUUUCAUUGUAGUCACUUUGGAUUAUAUGCCCGGAACCCAGUAAAGAAUGAAAAUUAGAUUAAUUA